AUGAAUCUCCCAGAUAACCUGAUAUGGAGAGGGCAGAGGAGAUCCGGCAGCUUGCAAGAAGCUCCGGUAUGCAUGAAAAAGUCACGAAACUUGAGCAAGAACUCCUUGUCCAAAGAUGAGGAGCUCCGCAGGGGAGACUCUCUGGUGUCCGACAACGGGAAGUUUAAGGCCGUCUUCCAGGAGGAUGGUAACUUUGUCCUCUAUAGCUGGAAGCCUUUGUGGGCUUCAGACACUAGUGGAACAGACGCUAUCCGCCUGCGCAUGCAGGCUGACUGCAACCUGGUCAUGUACAACGGGAGUAGCGAACCCAGGUGGCACACAAACUCUGUCAGAGGCGACUGCGACAUAUGCUGCCUUCACCUGUCUGACGAAGGCAGACUGGAGGUGCAAGAGGAGGGUUAUGCGGUUUGGAAGACUGAUAGAGACAAUGGCAAGAAGUGAUUAAUUGUAUGUGAAAGUCAUGUUUGGAUGUCAGCUUGAGUCACCAGUAAAGCUGCUUGCUGUGUAAUCUGGCAUCAAAUAAAAGCAAUUU